CCGCGGUUGUGCAGGUGCGCGAGCUCUUCAAUGCGGAGGUUUUGUAAUGGCAUAUCUUGACAACAACAAACAUCUUGUAAACAAUUUUAAUUUGAAGAUACACACAGAGAAGUCAUGCCUAGUGCUGGGGCAGUUUGUCCCCCUACCGUCACCCCUCUUCGGAGGCCCAUAUACGGCCAGUCAUCAACACAUGUUGACACCUCAACACUCAUAGAAAUAGUCUGUGAAACACCACAUACGAAAAUAUACUUCACAGCAGAUGGAGCCAAGCCUAAUCCACGUCAACGUAAAAUUGGUGGGCGCGUUGUUACUCACAGAUACACAGACCCAUUUACUCUGAAAGAUGGAAAAAGAGUUUUAAAAGCCAUUGCUGUUUCCAGAGAUGGGAGAGAGAGUGAUGUGAUCACACGAACAUACAAUGUAGAUGACAUUGGCAAGAUCAACGCAAGCCCCAUCCCUGUCACCUCAACUUCUGCAUCAUCUUCAUCUGACCAUGAUUCCUCUGACAUGUAUGACUCUGAUGGCUGGGGGCUAACAGAUUCCACUCUAAGAAGCAGCAAUUCCAGCAAAUCCAGCAAGAAAAGCAAACCCAAGAAAAAGAGCAAAUCGCCCACACGCACUCUACGUUCAAGGUCAAGAUCAAAGUCACCCGGUCGAGCACCGAAAGAAGCUUGGGCGAGUGCUGGGAUUACGCAGUCAUUAAACUCAGGGGCAUUUGGAGAGAAUACACAUCCAAACCCGCCAAUUCCUGAUGGUCCCUUUAACCCGACCAACUACUCAGGGACUCAGAUAAAUGUGUGGGGAGGUGCCCCACCCCCUUUCGUGCAGGGUGGGACACCCGGGGCCGUAAAUUUUGGUCAGCCUAACCUGUGCAACCCAUACACAACACAGUAUGGCUACCUCACUGAAAACAUGGUCCAGAAUUGCAACCCAAACACCAAACAUGUGACAGUUGGCGACCUGAAAAACAUGAUGCGAAGUCGUCAGCCUCCGCCCCAGCCUGCAGUUGAGGCCCCUCCUCCACCUCCAGAGCCUCAGAAAAUUGAGGUGCCCGUGUGGAAGGAUCCCCCACUGAACCCUGUCAGCCCCGGAGGAGGUGACUACAAGGGGAACCUUCUCCAUAUCUACGCACAUCUCAUCGACUUUGCCAACAACCAUAAGGACUUCAGACACCCAAUAUCCGAACCAAAGAUGGGCAAGGUUUUGGAAGCCAACUUCAAAGAUGAGCAGGACUGCUAUGAGCUUAGACUUGUUGUUGCAAAACCAGGAAUACCACGAGGGUCUGUUCGUAAACCCCCAAAGGUUGAGAAGAAGAAGAAAGUUGAGCCACCUAAGCCCAAGAAGGAAGAAAAGAAAAAAGAAGAGCCCCCAAAACCAAAGCCCAAGAAACCUCCAACACCGGAGAAGGACCCAUUCUUUGCUAUGGAGACGGAGAACUUGAACCAAGAGGGCACAGUUAAGGCGUAUGCUAAGUUUAACGCUGAGCAGGAUGCGGAGGUUCUCCACAAGGCAAUGAAGGGUUUGGGUACUGACGAGGAGGCUAUCAUAAAUGUUGUCUGCUACCGCUCCAACACUCAGAGACAAGAGAUCGUCUCCACAUACAAGACCAUGUUUGGAAAGGAUUUGAUAGAGGAUGUGAAGGGAGACCUGAGUGGUCAUUUUCUGGACACAAUUAAGGCCCUUCUGAUGGCUCCGGCUGAGUAUGAUGCCUACCAGCUGAGAAAGGCCAUGAAGGGCCUCGGAACGGACGAAGAUGUGCUCAUUGAGGUCCUCUGUACACGGUCUAAUGCCCAGCUCAAGGAGGUGAUACGGGUGUACAAAGAAAAGUUUAACCGUGAUUUGGAGAAAGAUAUUAUAUCGGACACGUCUGGCCACUUCAAGAAACUCCUUGUCUCUCUGGUACAGGCUAACAGGAGUGAUAGUAGUGAGGUUGACCGAAACAAGGCGAAACAAGAUGCUAAAGACCUGUACCAGGCAGGAGAGAAAAAGUGGGGAACAGACGAGUCCAAGUUCAACACCAUUCUUGUGACACGCAGCUACCCUCAGUUAAGGGCAACUUUCGAGGAAUACAAGAAUGUUUCAAAGAAAGAGAUCGAGGAAGCACUUAAGAGCGAGAUGUCUGGAGACCUGUUACGAGGGAUGCUUACUGUGGUGAGAUGUGUGAAGAACAAGUUCAGCCACUUUGCGCGACAGCUCCAGAAGACAAUGAAAGGGAUCGGCACAGACGACGAUACACUCGUGCGCGUGGUCGUAUCUCGGUGUGAGAUUGACAUGGUGCAAAUUAAGGGAGAAUUCCAGACACUCACCAGUCAGACAUUGGAACAGUACAUAGCUGAUGACAUAUCAGGUGACUACCGGGAUGCCAUUCUUGCACUGGUUGUUGGUGGAGACCCCCCAGACACUUCUUCUAAAUCUGGCCAGGGUUUUGUUGAGGCAGUGAAGCAGAAGACCGAGGAAGAAUUAGAUGAAGAUAUACGUAUGGAGUCUGAGCCCCCACAAGAAGACCCCACACUUGUUCCGGCAGAAAAUUUUAAUGCAGAGACUGAUUGUGAUGUCCUCAAGAAGGCAAUGAAAGGAUGGGGCACUGACGAGGCUGCCAUCAUCAAGGUCCUGGGUUACCGAUCAAACGAACAAAUGCAGCAAGUCGUAAGCUCAUACAAGACCAUGUUCGGUAAAGAUCUGAUUGCCGAACUAAAGAGCGAGAUUAGCGGAGGAUUUGAGAAACUUGCUGUGGGCUUGUGUAUGUCAUCGGCUGAUUUUGAUGCCAUGAAUUUGCAUAAGGCUAUCUCUGGUUUGGGGACGGAUGAGGAUGUACUAACCGAGAUUAUCUGCACAAGAUCAAACAAACAACUAACUGACAUCAAGGCUGCCUAUAAAGCCAAAUACAAUGUAGAGCUGGAGAAGGACGUGAUAGGUGACACAUCAGGUGACUACAAGCGUAUAUUGGUGGCGUGUCUGCAGGCCAACAGGCCGGAGGGACUGGAGUUUGAUAGGACGAAGGCCAAACAGGAUGCCCAGGCACUGUUCGAUGCUGGGGAGAAGAAGUGGGGCACGGAUGAAUCAAGAUUCAAUGUGAUUCUAGCAUCAAGAAGCUACCCACAACUGCGUGCCACAUUCCAGGAAUACGCCAAGAUUGCCAACAAAGACAUUGAAGAUACGAUAAAGAGUGAGAUGUCAGGAGAUCUGAAGAAGAGCAUGUUGUCUAUAGUUCGCUGCAUCAGGAGCAAGGCAGGCCACUUUGCUAACGAGCUUCACAAGUCUAUGAAGGGUCUGGGCACAGACGACGACACUCUGUGCCGCGUUGUUGCCUCACGGGCCUCCGUUGACAUGGUGCAGAUCAAACAGGAAUUCCAGAAAAUGUUUAAACAGACCCUUGGCAUGUUUAUUGCUGAUGACUUAUCUGGUGAUUACAAGAAGUUGGCGUUGGCGCUCAUUCGGGAAGAAAGUGCUGGCGGGAAGUAAUAGAUAGAUCUGCAGAGAAUAUAGCUGAUAUUACCCCAUUGCUUUAAUUCUUUUAGGAACUAUUUACAAUUAGAUAUAGCAUUUUCAUUUGCUAUUGAAGUUGGUAAUAAUGUAAAAUAUUGAAAUGAAUUUGGAGCAGAUAUCAAGUGAGUGGAUUUAGUUUGUCUCCAAUGUUUAUUCAACUUGCAUUUACUGGUUAUGAAAAAAGCUACCAGGACCAU